AUGGCGUCCGAUCCCACCAGCGUCGCGGUCAGCGAUGAUGUCCAAGCCGUUGUCAAAGACAAGGAAACUACCAUUGUCGACUCCGAUGUUUCUCGACAAGGACAAGAGAAGGUCGGUAUAAGAGCCGCCGCUGACGGCGCAAGCCCAACCGAGGAGGAGCUACACACGCUACGACGAGUACCUGACAAAAUUCCUUGGAACAUCUAUACUAUCGCCUUCAUCGAGUUGUGCGAGCGCUUCUCGUAUUAUGGCACUACGGCGGUCUUUACCAACUUUAUUCAGCAGCCGCGCCCCGAGUACUCGUCCACCGGUGCCAGCUACGACAUUAACAAUGGCCAGGCGGGUGCUCUUGGCCUCGGCCAACGGACGGCUUUCUCCCUAACAACGUUCAACUCGUUCUGGCAGUACACAAUGCCCCUCUUUGGUGCCUGGGUUGCCGACAGCUUCCUGGGUCGUUACCGGACCAUCGGCGCUGCCCUUGUCAUCGACAUCUUGGGCCACCUCAUCCUCAUCGUUUCCGCGCUCCCACCGGUCAUCAAGAAUCCCAACGGUUCCCUUGCCGCUUUUAUUAUCGGCAUCAUCUUCAUGGGGGUUGGCACGGGCGGUUUUAAGCCCAAUGUGAACCCUCUCAUUGUCGAGCAACUCGACCUGGAGCGCAUGAUUGUGAGAACGCUUCCCAGUGGCGAGCGCGUCAUUGUCGACCCUGCGGCAACGGCUUCGCGUGUGUACCACUACUUCUACCUAUUCAUCAACAUCGGCGCACUGUGUGGCCAGCUCGCUAUGGUCUACUGCGAGCAUUACGUCGGCUUCUGGCUGUCUUACAGCCUGCCCACCAUCCUGCUCUGCUUCUGCCCGCUCGUCCUGCUUUGGGGCCGACACAGAUACAAGCGCGUGCCACCGCAAGGCUCCGUUCUCGGUCGUUCUUUCAAGCUGUUCCUGCUCGCGAACAAGGGCCGCUGGUCUAUCAACCCGGUCAAGACAUAUCGGCAACUCCAUGACGGCACGUUCUGGGAGAAUGUCAAACCGUCGCGCUUCGAUGCUGCCACCAGACCGAAGUGGAUGGACUUCAACGACGCUUGGGUGGACGAGGUUCACCGUGGAUUCAAUGCGUGCGCUGUGUUCCUGUGGUAUCCGUUGUUCUGGCUCUGCUACAACCAAAUCAACAACAACCUCAUCUCACAAGCCGCAACCAUGAAAGUCGGUGGCGUCCCCAACGACGUGCUCACUAACCUCAAUCCCUUCGCCCUAAUCAUCCUCAUCCCCCUUCUCGACGCCGUAAUCUACCCUGCCCUGCGCAAGAUCCGCAUCAACCCAACCCCGCUCAAGCGCAUCGCCGUCGGCUACUACGUCGCGGCCGGCGCCAUGAUCUGGGCCUGCGUCAUCCAGUACUACAUCUACCAGCGCAGCGAGUGCGGCAACUACGCCAACGGCGUCAUGGCCGACGGCACCGAGCGCGACUGCGCCAAUGCCGACAUCAGCAUGUGGGCACAGACGGGCUCCUACGUGCUGAUCGCCUUCUCCGAGAUCAUGGCGUCCAUCACCAGUCUCGAGUAUGCCCACUCCAAGGCGCCCGCCAACAUGCGCUCCAUGGUGCAGUCGGUCGCGCUGUUCAUGAAUGCCAUCGCGUCGGCGAUUGGAUUUGCGCUGGUGCCGCUGGCGGAUGACCCGCUCCUCGUGUGGAACUACGCGACGGUGGCCAUUCUGGCGGUGAUUGGAGGGACCAUGUUCUGGAUUCAGUUCAGACAUUUGGAUAAGCAGGAGGAUGAACUGAAUAUGUUGCCUAAGGGUGAGGUUGGAGACGAAGUGGCCAAGGCCAAAUUGGCGGAGGACGACAAGUCGGAGGUGAGGGUUUAG